ACCGUAUUGUUCUAAUGCGAAAAAAAUUUCAUAAUAAUUUCAAUCAGCCAUUUUGGAGCCCUAAAUCCAGUGGCCAUACUGUGUAAAAGUGUAUGAAAUUUGUUGUUAUGCCUUAUUGCUGUGCUGUAAACUGCAACAAUCGCUCUAAGAAGGGACUGGGAAUAUCUUUCUUUUGUUUUCCCACUGAUCCUGCCAAAAGAGAGAGAUGGAUAGCUGCUAUCAAGAGAGAUAAUUGGUCACCUUCAGAGUAUUCUCGAGUCUGCAGUAGGCACUUUGUAACUGGUAAACAUUCUGAUGAUCCCAGGCAUGUGGAUUAUGCCCCAUCAAUAUUUCAUUACAAUGCAAGGGCUGACACAGAGGAUCAUGGUGCCGCUAGCAUGGAAAGGUACCACAGAGCAGUUAAAAGGGCAAGAAAUGUAGCUGUGCCUAUGACUAAUGGGCAAUGUAGUGAUCGGGUCACUCGAAAUGCUGCCACCAAUCAGUCUCAACAAUCUGACACAGUUGUAAAUGACGUUUGUGAUUUUCCCAUUUGCGAUAUUGAUUUUGGUGAAAUAUCAUCUGAGGAGGACAAUAUUGCAGCUGGAGUUGAGACUAAUAGAGAUUCAGGAAGUGAAUUAGGUGAUAUCCCUGAUGAAGAUAAAUCAACUCUAUCUGAGUCUGAGGAUGAUUUUGAGGAGCAUGAGUGGUUCGAUGAUUCGUUUAAUGACGAGGAUUCUAAUGAUGAGAAGCUUGAUAAUGAUUCAUCUGAUAACGAUGAACAAUUACCGGUAGCAGAGAUAGAACAAAAUCAAGAUAAUCACAUUGUUUUCUUAGAAAAAGAUCUUGCUGAAUCUGAAUACGAGAUUUGUUCAUUGCAACUGGAUAACGAGUUAUCAACACAAAGCAACGAAGAAAUUCAAACACAUUGUAGCAGUCUCUCAGCGCUAGUUCAGUCUCAAGCUCAGCAAAUACUGCAAUUAAAGACAAUGUAUUUAAGAUCUGUAAGGGAAUCAAUUGCUUUACGGGGUAAUAAAUUUGAUGCUAGUAUUUUAAUUAAUGAUGAUGAGAAAGCUGUUUUACACAGGCUUAAAAUUUGAUGUGUUCAACAAGAUAUGUGAGCUACUAAGGUCAUCAGCUGAAAGACCUAUUCUAUCAUCAUGCUCUCUGGAAGAUUAAUUAUUUUAUACUCUGGUGAAAUUGCGACUAGGUCUUCUGAAUAAGGAUUUAGCAUACAGAGCAAAGAUUAAUAUGGGUGCUAUGUCUAAUGUAUUUCAUCACUGGAUUACCAUACUCUACAGAGAUCUUAGGCAGCUCAUUAUUUGGCCUGAGGUAUCUGCUCUUCAAGAGAACUUACCGAAGUGCUUUAAAGGACGUUUUAGCCGUGUAGUAUGCAUCAUCAACUGUUUUGAAGUCUUUAUACAGAGGCCUAAAUCUUUUGACGCAAGAGCUGCAACCUACAGCAACUAUAAAAAGCAUAACACCAUCAAGGUAUUAAUAGGUACAUCACCCACUGGCUCUAUUACUUUUAUCAGCA